AUGGGCUUCGGAAGCUCUGAUGGCAAUGAGUUCUUCCAGAGCUGGGCCUUGUGGCAGAAGAUGACUUUCGUACUGGCUUGCGGAAUUGUCCUGACCAUCUUCCUUGGCCUGCUCAAACUUUGGUAUGACAAGAACAAGGUCCGCAAGUACAGCAAAGUCGACAAGGGCAAACGGGCGGCGACCCCCGAAAUGCUCGAGGCGCAGCCAGUAACCCAAGUACAAGAAGAGACCAAGGAUGAAAUUCCCUUCGGCAUUCGCGCAAUCCAAAGCGGUAUCGAGGUUGAUGGCGUCUGGAUCUCGCGCACCAACACCCCCGUUGGCAGCAGCCGCAAUUCUAUCAUGAGCGAACAGUUUCCCCGUAGCUUCAACAACUCCCAGCUCGAGCUGCCCCAGCCAGUCGCCCAGGGUUCAAGCCGCAACAGCUCCCGCGCCCCUAGCACAUUCGACCGCGCCGUCUCCGCUGAGCCCCUUCCAAGUCACGACUCCCGCUCCUCUUCGCCUGGCCGUGGACAUCACCAUGAGGGUCCCCGCUGCAGCAACUGUAACCACCAUGUCUCCCGCAACACCAUUGCCCUCAACGCUUUGGAAUCUCCCAACUCUACCCGCAACUCUGGUGCUCCUUCUCCUCCUCUGAAUGGCAAACACGGCCAGUCUGGAAGCUCCUCGAGCAACCGCACCAGUGACGAGUCUGACUACAUGGCCAUGGGUCAAGACAUCCGCGCAUACGAGUCCGCAUACUUUAGGCCCAACCAACCCAUCGACCCCAAGACCGACCUCGAACUUCUCCGCAGCCAUCGUCUUUCCCACGUCGCUGAGACUGGACAGCUCACUCCCAGAGUGCGCAAGCCAGGUAAUAGCGGAGAGUGGGCCAGCGUGGCGGACAACCAAGUUUCUUCGGUCAAUGGUGUUAACUAUUUCAUGCCCCAGAAGUCACCUUCUCCUCCUCUGCCCACUGUUGCCGACCAGUACGAAGAUAUCGGUCUAGGAGCCUCUGCCGGACCCAGUCACGACGGCAAUGCAGCGAACCAGGCUAGGCAGGCGGUCCCUUUGACUGAGUCUUACGCGCCCAAAGCUCCCUACUAUCCCGACACCUACGAGCCUCGUGGCCCUCAACAUCAAUACAGCUACGACCAAGUGCCCUACGAGGUCAACACGGAACAGAACCAGGAUCGGGAUGACCACGUCCUGCGCAGCGUCAACUCUGGCUUCCAAGUCCUACGGCCAGGCACCUUCCAGCCACCCACACCUGAGGAGGUUGAGCUUGCCGAGCGGAGAACAUCCAAGAAGCUCCAGAAGAAGAGGAGGACAUCCGGCGACUCGCGGAAAUCCGCCUUUACCGAACAGGUCUAA